UCCCCGGGAAGGACGGGGACGGCAGGAGAAGGAGGAAAAAGCCAGGAGGAGCCCCAAAGCCGGCAGCGCACAGCCGCGGUCAUGGGCAGCCACCCCGCCGUGCUGCUGGCGCUCGCUCUGUGCGCCCUGCUGGAAGCCGGUCUGGGCCAUCCCCCGGCCGAGUCGCACCUGGCCGCGCUGCCGAGGAGCAAGCGAUGUUCCUGCAACAGCUGGCUGGAUAAGGAAUGCAUCUACUUCUGUCACCUGGACAUCAUCUGGGUCAACACACCUGGGCACACCGCUCCCUACGGCUUGGGCAGCCCGCCAAGGCGGCGCAAGAGGUCGGCGGGCAGGUGCGAGUGCUCGCACUCCAGGGACAGCAUCUGUGCCACCUUCUGCCAGGGCAGGCCUGGGUACCUGCAGAGUCUGAAGCUCCCCACGAGCUCUGGAGCAUCAGCGAGGUCUCUGCAGAGCAGUGCCACGAGGCCUCCCCAUCAUGGGCUGCUGAGAGCUCUCAGGGACCUCAGGGUGUCCAGCCCACGCUCCGGCACUCACCAGCAGCGCUCCCGGAGGAAUGCACAGCCACCAGCUCUGCCUUGGGAAAAAAACAUCUGGAAGAAGAAGAGAUAAGAGAUAGGUGCACACCAAGUUCACCAGAAGAAUUUGGAGUCCUGUGGUGCUGCCAGCUCUGCUGUCAGUUUUAGAGCUGAAGGGAAGGCAGUGAGUGGAAAGGAAGCAAGUGGAAGUCUCCGUGUUCCUGCUGCAUGGACCAGCACUCGAGGGACUGCUGUAAAGGGAAAAACUGUCUCUCCAUACAGUCAGAAGUGUCCUGGAGCUGAAUUGUGCCUUCUUGGAUCAGGCAAGGGUCGUGCUGGAGCAGCAGCAGGGGGACUCUGCCCUGGAGCCCUCGGCAGGGCUCAGCCCACGCGCGGUGGGUGAAUCACAGCCAGGGGCUCUGGGCAGUGCUGGACAGCACCGAGCCCCUCGCUGGCCUGGGCUGCUGUGCCUUGGAGCUGUCUGAGCCCAGCCUGGCCCCACUCAGGGGUUUGGCUGCUCACUGGUCAGGGAUGAGCUGCCUCCAGCCCAAGCCCAGCUUUGCACUAUUUUCUCUUGUCAGUCAGUGCCUAUGAACUGUGGUGGAACAGCUCCCAGUUCAUAUUAAAAGUUGGUUUCAUCCUCACCUGAGCCAGCUGGGCAAGCAGGGGCUCUCACUGGCUGAGCAGUCACUGGGCUGGAUUCCCACUGAGGCCCUGCUGUAGCUGAGGUGGAGGAUCAGUCACCCCAGGGGUGGCACCAAGCCCAGGUGUGGCUGCUGUGGGGCUGGGUUUGUGCAGGAGCUCCCAGCCCCAUGGCCAGGGGAGGGUGAGCAGAGCCCUGCUCUGGGCCAGUGACCCCAUCUCAUCUCCUGAGCCAGACCCUUAGUGAGGACUUGCAGCUCCUGAAAUCCCAGCUUCCUCCAGCCCUGCCCAGAGGGAAGGGCUGGGGCAGAGAGGGCACACAAAGCCUGGCUUGCUGCUUGGCUUAGGUCAGCUCCGAGUCGGGCUCUGGACAGUAAAUGACCACUCAGGGGCAGCAGGUCACCGUGGGAAGGGGAACCUGGGUGGGGAAUGCACCAGGUGAGGGCAGCCAGGUAGGAAUGGUGCGGAGAGAAGGACUGGUCAGAACACGGGGUGGAACUGGAUCAUCUUUAAGGUCCCUUCCAACCCAAACCUGUGAUUCUUUACAGCCCUGUCUGAGCUUUAAACCUGUCUGGCUCAGGUUUAAACCCAGGUGUGCUGGCCCAGGGGAGGGAAGGAAAAACACUGAGCCCAGGAUGGGCCUAAAAACCAACAUUAGAGGCAAAGGCUGUCACAAAUGCACUUUUGUCCCCUGGGAGCCAGGGCUGUCCCCUGGGCAGGGCACUCAGGAGCUGCUCCCCACUGCUGGGUCCUUCUGCUGCCCAUACCAAGAUUGCACAGGAGCUUUGGAAAGGCUGCUUGAAGUUGGUGGUGGACCAAAAUCUGUGGCUGUUGCAAGUGUAGUCCUGAUGGACAAGAAAAAUAAUUCCUUGAUUUUUGCUUUUAAGCCCCAGAGAGGGGGGAAAAAAUAAGACCAAUUGAUUGUAUUGUGAAUGAAAGAACAGAUUAAUCAUUUGGUCCCCAAAGCUGCAGAGAAUCUGUUUUUAUCUUUGACCUUCUGAAGGUUGGAGUCACUCUAAAAAACCAAAAGAAGAAAAUCCUGAAAGGGUUUGUUCCAGAGGAAAUUUUGCACAUGGUUUAAUGUGAGUAAUUUAAAAUAAAACUACUGCUGUAAAGUACUCUGUCAAUCUCAUGUGUGUAAUGUCCCAUCUUUAAGUGACUCAUUGCACACCUGCCAUAUGUAGCAUCCUGAAAUCUGUAUAUUUAUUUAAAUCUAUUGAUUUUUUUAGACAGUAAUUUUCAAGAUAUAAUUUGUAAUAAAUAAUGACAACAGUCA